AUGACCCUCAAGCUCGCCGGCAAGGUCGCGCUUGUCACGGGCGCGUCCCGGGGCAUCGGCCGCGCGAUCGCCGCCAAGCUGGCGCAAGAUGGCGCGUCCAUCGUCCUCAACUACGCGACCAACGAAGCCGACGCCGUCGCGGCCGUCGAAGCCACCAAGGCCCACUUCACGCUCCCGUCACAGCGCGCGAUCCACGUCCGCGCCGACACGGCGGUCUACGCGCAGUGCCGGCACCUCAUUGACGAGACGAUUGAUGCGUUCGGACAGCUCGACAUCCUCGUCCUCAACGCCGGGGUCCUCAUCAACCACAGCCUCGCUGAGAUCACGGAAGAGUCGUUUGACCGCUCGAUGAAUGUCAACGUCAAGGGCCCGCUCUUCCUGACGCAGAUUGCAUCGCCCAAGCUGCCGGAAGGCGGGCGGGUCAUCUUUAUUUCGUCAACGCUCACGGCCUUUAGCGGGAUCAUGCCCAACUACGCGCUGUACGCGACAACCAAGGGCGCUGUCGAGCAGCUCUCGCGCACGUUGGCCAAGGACCUCGGGCGCCGGGGCAUCACCGUCAACACCAUAUCGCCGGGUCCGACGGCCACGGAGCUCUUCUUCAAGGACAAGUCGGACGAAACCAUCGAGAUGUUCAAGCGGUUGGCGCCGACGGGCCGCCUCGGGGAGCCCGACGACAUUGCCAACGUCGCCGCGUUCGUGGCGGGUCCCGACUCGGCGUGGGUCAACGGCCAAAACAUCCGCGCAAAUGGCGGCUACGUCGUCUAGGACCGCUUUCUAAGCGAACAUUGGACUGGUGUUUACAG